AUGGCACAUAGGCGGUCUGGUAUGGGGCCCGGUAUCCCCCUCAUGGAAUAUGAGUCCCCAGUUCCAUACUCACAGUUUGAACGGCUCAGUCUGGGCACGUUCAACGGUCCUGGGGCACUCUCUUCCAGACAAACGCAGUCCCCAUAUCUCCAAGGUCACCGCUUGACUCAUCUUCCUAUGGCAAGGCCUGCUUUCAAUGGUCCUGCACACUUUCCGGUUGGGACACCAACUCCUACACCUCCUAAUAUGCAGUUUCAGCUUGGUACAAAUCCUUUCUAUUCGGCGCCCUAUGAUCAGUCCAGAUCAAGAAUCCCCCAGACUGCGCCUCCCGUGUCGAGUCGUACUCAAGGUGUACCCAUGUACUAUUUGCCUAGAGAAGAAGUUGAGGCCCCUCAGGGAUCUCAGCGCCUCUCAGAGCUAGAUAGGAGCUUCGAAACAGUUGCUUUACCCAGCGAGAUGCCGCUUGGAAGCUACGUACAUCUCAGAGAUCCGCCGCAGUGGGGUGUGAUCAAGAUAUCAAACAUUCCAUAUUCCAUCACCAAGCAGGAGAUCGUGCAGUUUGUUGGCAGGCAGGCACGCCUCCUUUCGUCUGACAAGGGUUGUCCGAUUCAUAUAAUCAUGGAACGCUCUACUGCUAAGACUAUGGACUGCUACGUUGAGUUUGAAUCUCUCACGAAUGCCGAGGAAACAGCCAAUCGCAUCAAUAGAAUAUACGAGACUGGUCGUCCUCCCCGUCUGGGUAAUAGACAUGUGGAUGUUGAAUUGAGCAGCCAAGACGAUUUGCUAAAGGACCUUUUUCCGCGGGCCAAGUGUGUCGUGUGGAAGAAUGGUGUUCCUUUUGCCAUGUUCAAUACCGACCCUUGUUCCACUGGCUUUGCCGGUUUUCUCACUAGCGAGGAAAUUGUUGGUGCCAUCAGGCACGCGGAGAUUCCGCAUCGUUCGCCAUUCUGUGCAAAGUGUCCCCAGCGUACUUACGAAUCCACAGUCAGUACGCUCUACAAGUUCCCGUGGUAUGCGACUAAGCUGUACACCGUUCAUGAACGCAACCAGCUAUUUGAGUUGGUCAAUCGUCACAUUCUCUCGCUUGUUUCUAGAAUGAAAAAAGCAAACAUCAUUGGUCUUGACAAUAGACUACUACGAGAACUUCUCUAUGUCGGGCUGAAUUGUCCAGCAUUCAAUGAACGCCAGAAGUAUACUCUUUGUGUCAAUUCCGAAGACAUGACGGAGAUUGUCCGGUUUCCUGAAGCCGGAAAAUGGCACCCUUUCGAUUCCCUGGUCAGGAUUCCAUUUUUUAGCAGCAUGGCAAAUCUGUAUUACUCACAGUUGAUCUCAAGGGGUACUAUUCCCGACGAAGAGGUGCCAGGAUUACCAAACAACUUUCCCUUCCACAACAUGGACUUGUAUUCCCAGGCUCCAUAUGGCCCGAUCUGGUUCGAAUGGGAAGAGGAAACAGCGAAAGAUAUGUCCUGGGAAGAUGCAGUGCGACAAGAAAUGAUUAUUCUCUGCAACCUUGUCCUUACUGGCUGGAGGGCCCAUGAGAAAGAGCAAGUCUUUACAGGUAGAGCUGAACAACUCUUUUCCUCGGACAAUCGUGUUGUUCAACCCAACGAGUCUCUUCACUCUACCAGCACCUCCCAGUCUAGCGUUCUCACCGAUUCCAAAUCGAGAGUUGAUGUCUUCGUCACACCCGCUCGUCGUGCUAGCAUGGCUGCGAAUAAUGACAGUCCUUUUGCCAACCCCGUCUCUUGGGAUCAGAGAUUUCUUCUGAAUCCUUCUGCGAAAACUAGAGGCGGGUUUCAAGGUCAUCGGAUCACUCAAUCAACCCCAGCUUACUUCCCUUCUUCCGAGCAGAAGUAA